AUGGCGUUUCCGGGGCUCCUGGCGUCUGAGAGGCUCGAGGCCAAUUAUUAUAUUAUGGUAACUGUUGAGGAUGGCAGUGAUGGCAAUGAUAUUGAUGUUGUGAUAAUGGAAGAUUCUGAAACAGAACUUACUGAGAACACACUUUCCACUGAUGGCAUGUUGACUAUAGAACCAAAUUGUCGAGCCAGCAAUGAUAACUAUCAGCAACUAUCCCAAAUGACAUAUGGAGUAGGUGGUUUACCAGCCCUAGGUGACCAAGCAGUUCCACAAAUGAACCAUCUGGCAAAUUUAAAAAGAUACAGCUCCAACUCAGUGGAAAUGGAGCUUCUCCCACUGCGCAAAAGAGGACGUACAUCUUUUCCAAGGAGGGAUAAUAUGGGUUUGCAAGAACUUAUUGAAAACACAAAUAAGCAGGUAAGCAACCUUUGUGGAAUCAUUUCAAAAAUGCAGCCUUCUUGGGAGAAACCACUGCUGCCAAACUGUGAAGACGGCGGCCCAUCCAGACCAGUGAGAAGGCAGGAGAACCAUGCCCGGCGUAACCCUGUAGGGAUAGCUCUCCAGCCAGCCACUCUCCCGGAGCUGCAGGAGCUGGUCCUCAGAGAGACUCCACCAGCUCCCAAAAUUGUCUCCACAUAUUCAUUACAGCCUAGUGUCACACCAGGCAACCCAGUUCCUGGUCUUGCUGUCCUGUCCUACAUUUUCAGUGAAGGAGGUGAAGGGGCCACCAGGGAUCUCUCCUCUGUCCAGCCUCCCCUGGCUCUGCCUGCAGCACUUCUGCCCCCAGGAGAACCCCGUGUGGCACACGCCCCCAAGAUGGCCAGGUGCCCAACUGUACGGGGACAAGGCUGCGCGGGCCUGGGCCCGGCCUCAUCGGCUUUCUGCAUCCCCCCCAGUUUCGAAAUGCCAGGAAAAGCAGAAGCCAGCCUUGGAAACAGCACUGAGUCAAUAUAUUGCCCAACUUCAUUGGGAGAUGACAGUGGCCAAGAUACUAUCUCAUCUGUUUACAUCCUUCCUAAUUUUGAAAUGCCGGAAAAAUCAGAAACCAGCCAGGAAAACAGCUCUGAGACCAUCUAUUACCCAGCUUUAUUGGGAAGUAUCAGUGGCCCAGAUACUGACUCUUCAUCUGCCUCACUCCCACCCGAUUUCGGACUUGAAAAAGUUAUACUUGUAGAAAUGCCAGAAAAAGUGGAAACCAGCCUGGAAAUCAGCUCUCAGACAGUGUGUUACCAAACUUCAUUGGGAAAUGACAGUGGCUCAGCUCCUGCCUCUUCAUCUCUCUCCAUCCCACUCAAUUUCGGAAUGAUGGUAAAGGCUCAAACCAGCCCAGAAGAGAACCCUGAGACAAUAAGUUAUCCAGUUUUAUUUGAAGACAGCAGUAAUCAAGACGUUUCCUCAUUAUGUUGCUGUAUUCCUCCCAGUUUUGAAGUGAUGGUCAAAGCAGAAACCGGCCUGGAAAAUAGCACUCAGAUGACAAAUUACAAACCUUUGCUGGAAAAUGACAGUGGUCAAGAAACUUCAGCAUAUUUCUUCAUCCCUUCCAGUUUGGAAUCCAGCAUAGAAGUGAGUUCCGAGACAAUGAGUUCCCCAACUUUAAUGAAAAAUGACAGCGACCAAGAUGCUGACUCAGAAACUUACUUUCUCGCUCCUGGUUUUGCACUUUUACCUAUAGAAAUAUUGGUAAAAGCAGAAAACAGCGUGGAAAACGUCCCUGAAAUAAUGAAUUACCCAGCUGUAUUGGAAGAGGACAAGAGCCAAGAUUCUGUCUCAUCAUCUUUCUGCAUCCCUUCCGGUUUUGGCUAUCUUGGUGAUCCGAGAAGGAAUGUCAGGGUGCUUAAUAUUAAUUUGGUGACUGCACAAAAGAAGAGCCAUCCUAGGCAUGCAGCCCGCUACUUGGUUCAUGUUUUGUUCUCCAAGGAAAUUCUGAUGCGCAGCUGGGUAGGUGUUAAUUCCCAAGGCCGCCAACCUCUAGACCCAAACAAAAUGGCUGCAAUAAGAGAAUAUCUGGCAACAAAUUUUCCCAACCAUGAUUUGCGUGAACGUGGAAAAGACUGGAAAACCUGUAUUGCCGAUAUCAAUUCUCUGAUCUAUUGUUUAUGUGCCGAAGCCAACACAACACCACAGAAAGCUGGUGGCUGCAAGAAAGACCCUACCAGUCUUGGCAUUCCAGCGUCUGCAGAUGUGAAUGAUGAAAGAGGUGGCAAAGGUGGUGAAAGCAUUUCCCAGUUAUCUUGGCCAACAGCUGCCUCAGAAACAAGAGAAAAAGGGAAUUUUCAGCAGAAGAGCAGUGUUUGCCAUCAAGGAAUUAAAGAACGUUCCAUGGAGAAUUCAGUGGUAUCUUAUGACGCACUGGAAUAUCUUGGAAAUCCAGGUAGAAAUGUACAGUUGCCACAUUCAGUACUGUAUAUAGCCAAAGGGAAGUCUCGCCCAGAGCUGGCAGCCAGAUACCUUGUUCGCAAACUGUUCACAGAGGAAGUCUUGGUAAAAAGUAACGUCUAUGGCAAUCUGGGGUAUGGCAUGAACGCCCUUAACCCGAAUAGGAUUAACGCUCUUCGAGAAUUUCUUCAAGACACCUACCCGACUUGCAAUCUCUCAGAAACCGGAUAUAACUGGAAGUUGUGUGUGACAGCUAUCAACAGCUCCAUCCGUAGUCUUCGCUAUGACCUCAAGAAGUCCGCAUUCAAAGCAUAGCAGCUUCCAGCAACAACUCCAACAGAGUCAGAGCCAAGAGAUAAUGACUAA